AGGUGAAUCCAUGGGCUAUUUAUAUGUCCUAAGGAAACAUUGUCCCCAAAUUGAGGAUCUUGCACCCUGGUGCUUAACUGCAACCUUAGGAUCAAAUAUGGCCGCCAGAGCCUUAAGCCCUAUGAGCAGCUUUUGGUGCUGUGGUUAGUGUUCUUACAACAGCCCCUAUUGGCAGCUUCUCUGAGGUGGUAGUGAGGGCUUUGUUUGGUGAUUUGGCAAGAGGCAUUAUUUGAGGCCAGAGUUGCAUCGUCCUUUGGUUUGGUAUAUGGAGACAAGAAGGAUUCAUUGUUGCCCAUUUAUCAUACAUAGUCAUUGCAAACUGAGUUAGCAGCUUGUGUCUGGACUGUUUGGCUCUGGAUUUUCCAGCCCAGUUAGCAAGGAUAAAAUGCACCAUAGGAACCUUUGUUGAGGAUGUUAGACUAUUUGGCUUUUGCUUUCUCCGAUCACUUCGCAAUCUCGCCUUCCUGCAUGGAACAUAUGAUAUAACAAGCUAAAUUCAUGCUCUUACUAUCUGAGGAAGUAGGAUAUCUUGAAAGUGCAAAGAUGUCCUCAUUCUCUAUUACAAAAUGGAUUUCUAAGAAUCCUAACAUAAUCUUACUAAGAAGCUGUCCUUAAUAACCACCUUUCCUUUUCCUACUAAAUCCUCAAAUGCUCUUAUUUUUGACAAUAAAUAUUCUCCUUCGAUCCCCUAUUACUCUCUUUUACCACUAAGAUUAUGUUGAAAUUCGUAAUUGUUGCACUUUUCCCUUUUUCCCCUUUCCUCCUCCCCUUUCUUCAAAUUUAUAUUAUCUAUCAUGCCAUGUACAAUGCGUUAUGCAUCACUUGGGAACUCCAUAUCCUUUCAUUGACAAGAUGAGCAGGGAUUCUCCUUCAGAAAAUUGUAAAUUGGAAAGCCUAAGCUUCUUUUGAAAAAUGUUGUAUUUGGAAAUGAGCAGAUAUGUGCAUUUCAUGGGUUAGCAUUGAGAACCUUUCUCAAAUUCAAACACCUAAACUUCUAUGAAAAUUAGAAGGCUUAGAUUGUCUUAUUACCGUCUCUUUUUUCCCAGGUCAUUCCCUAUUGGCCCUAAAAACACUCAAAUAGCUUUUUAGAAUGCUGGUAUCUUGGAAAGAGCCAAAUCCCUUUCCCUUUCCCUUUCUUCCUUUCUCUCUUUCUCUUGAACCACUGUAAGCUCUAAUCUUUAUCAUGGUGAUUAGUAAUAUCACUAGCAAGGGGAAGGGGGAUAUAUUAUAAAAGUGGAGGUAGAAGAAGUUUUUGUUACAUAUAUUAUCAUUAUUAUUUAAGAUGAUUGUCUUGAGAAAAUAGAAUUUCAUUUUCUUGAUUCAAAACGAAUAAGAGCAAUAGCUAAGGAACAAACCUUCUAUUGGAUGCGGGGGAGCAUUAUAGGCAUGGGAGUGGCAAGAAAUGAUUGUGAUGGUGACCUUUACCUGAUGGUGUGGGAGAAUUUUAUAUAGCCCUUCCUAGAUGGGAAAUUGUUGGAAAGCAGCAAGCUUGAUUGACCGUUUGGAAUGCUUCAUUGGCAACUCAAAAUCCAUAGAUGCUUUUUUGAUACCCUAACCCAAGCCCCCUUACAAAAUAAAUAAAUAAAUAGGGCUGCAAUUUGGGCGGUUUGAUCGGGCUGAUGGCUAAUCUAAUCCCAACCCAACCUAACUUCUAACCUGAGGUACUCGACCUAAGUCCAUCCAAACCUCAUUCCUUUAAGCUCGGGUUGAUAUCGGGUUAAUUGGGUUUAUUUUUUUAUUUUUGCAAAAAUCUUUUGAAGAUUAAUCAAUGUUGCUGCAAUUUGGCAUCCUUUGUAUGCAUCUGAAUGCUUUUAUGUUUACUUUUGUGAUGAAACCAAUUAUAUGUUUUUCUUAUUUUUUCCCCUGAUUUUUUUUUUUCCUGCAAAAAUCUUUUGAAGAUUAAUCAAUGUUGCUGGCAUUUUGGCAUCCUUGUAUACAUCGUGUAUGCUUUUAUGCAUCCUUUUGUUGGACAUUGUUAACAUAAAUGACCUUUGCCUAAAACAAAAAAAUCAAUGUUGCUCCUAGGGUAAUCCUCUGCAAGUUGUUAAUGUUGUGUAGUUGUUGCCUGUCCAAGUUCCACUCGUAGUUGCUGUGCUGUGGAUGUUGCUCUAAUUCUAGAAGUAGAAAAAGGAGAAGGCCUAAAGUUUAUGCCUGGAGGUUGAUAUGUUACAUCCUAUGCCAAGAUAUGAUCUUCCAUUUUAUUUUCUUAAGAUGGAUGAUGUUAUCCUUCCCCUGAGGAAGGGAUGAGAGAUAGGGGUUAUUUGGUUUGUACCACUCAAAAAGGGGCAAAGAAGAAAGGAAAAAUCUACUGAAAAGAUACAGAAUGUGAGCUGCCUAGAUGCCCAAGUAAACUAGGCAGUGGGUUUGAAGCCCUUUUCUGAACCUUAUGUUUUCUUUUAAAGGUUAAAUGGUCUUUUCGUAUGUCAAGUGUCUUGGUAAUAAAUUCUAUUUUAUCUGUGAAAAGGUCCUUUAACAUUUUUGGUUCUAAAAAACUCCUAUACACUUUUUUGGCUCACUUCUAUAAUGUAUAUUUUUUUUUCCAUAUACAUAUUUUGCUGUCAAUUUCCCAAUUUAUAAAAAUCUUGAGAUAUUAAUGAAAGAAUAUAACAUUUGGGAAGAUGGAUGGCAGGUGGAGUUCCAAAGUGGACAAGGUAUAUGGUGAAAGUCUUUGAAAAGCUAUAAGGUGUCUAUGGGAGGGGUUUUGGCCUAGGACUCAUAUUGGUAAGGAAGGGGUUGAGAACCUAUCUUUUGUUGGUCAGAUGGUUUUAGGAGUCUUCUCUUGAAGAGGGCCACCCAUCCUUGUUUAGAAUUGCUUUGGAUAGAAAUGUGGAAGUAGGGAGACUUGUGGGUGUGGUGCAGGAGGGGAGAGGUAUUUAGAGUCUCUUUGCUUUUGGAGGUCAUUUCAUGAUUGAGAGUUGGAGCUAGUGGCUAUUGAGCUUGAGCACAUUCAUCUACUGCCUCUGCAAACAGAUGGAAGGACACCUUAGUGUGGAGAGAAGGAAAGAAUGGAUGCUUUUACGCUAAAGCAUUCAAUUCCUCCUUUUCUUCUGCGAGUUCUAUGAACUUCCAUGCUUAGGAACUUUGGAUUCCAGGUGCUUCAGCUAAGGCUUGUGAUUUUUGGGUGGGAGGCUGUGUGGUAAAAGAUCAUUACAUUUGGUCAGCUUAUCAUAUGAGGGUUGGCAUUUAGUAAUGGAUGAUGUUUGUGCAAGGAGACAGGAAUUAGGAAACCAUAUUCUUAUCCAUUGCAAGAAAGCUUGCUUGCUUGCUUUGGGACCUUUUCUUUUUGCUAUUUGGGAUCCAUUAUGUACUUCCAAGGAAUAUCAAGACUUGCUCUUAAAAUGGCAUGGACCUGGAGGGGGGAAGAGAUAAAAGAUUGGUGUGGAGAGUUUCUACCUGUUUUAGUGCAUUUGGAGAGUGCAUGAUGAUUGAACUUUUAAAGAGCAGGAGCUGUUGGAUUAGUCACCAAAAGAUCUUUUUAUUAGAACUCUCUAUGAUGAAUCUCAAAUCUUUGAUCUCUCUUUGUUGGAUCUUACUGGCAGGUUGGAUUUCAAUUUAUAAUCUUUUGUUUUUCAACUCUUGGGGCAUUUUCCUUUCUUUUUUUGUUUUAUGGUUUUUUUUUCAAUGCCCCAUACCUCCUUAUGCACUCAGGUUGCAGCCUUUUGUGGUUUUUUUUUUUUUUUUAAAUGCCUCUCACAUGCUUUUGGUAAAAUACAAAUACAAUCCAUGAUGCAUUUUUCAAGCUGGCAACUAUGAAAACUGCUGAUAAUCAUGUUUUUAAGCUAUGUCUUCAGUGAAGAAGGGUUCUUUACAUGAUGUUUCACUUUUUUAAAACAGAUUGGAUUUGAACCUGGAUUUGAUAUAUUGAGUCUAAUCCAAAAAGUAGUCUUGUUGCUUAAAUCCUGUUUGCAUGGUUGUGUUGUGUAGUAGGUGUGAAUUAGAGUUUAAUUAUAAAAAUUUAUUAGAUGCUUGAAUUGGUAUUUUUCAUCUUCUGUUAAACAAUUGGAAAAGUUUAAGAUACCAAAGAGGUGCAUACCAAACUUUUCAUUUGGAUAAUUAAAAGUACAUGAUAAAAUUUAAGUUAUUGGGUGAGGAUACAAACAAUGGGACUAAGAUACAAUAGAAUAAGAUCAAGUACAAGUAAUGAGACUGAAUUUGAUACUAAGCAAUGGGAUCUAAAUGUAAAUAUAGCACAAUUGGAUUGGUCUCAUUUUUUCAGUGUGUACCAAAUUAGUAUCGUAGCUGGACCCUAAACAAUUUGUUUAGUAAUGUUCAUGAAAUUGAGGCAAAUUGUUCAUUUUAACCUUGAACUUAUGUUAGAUAUUUAAUAUCAUGUGCAGAUUUAUAUACAUGCCAUAUUAAUAGUCUAUCAAAUAAUAAUAAUAAAAAAAAUGGAUAGCCACACUGAUUUAGGCAUUGUGGCAUCAUCCACAUUACGCUUGGCUUUUCUUUUACUUUAGAAUUCCUCCCGAUACCACCUGAGCUGUGGCAAGCUAGUGGUGGUCUACUACCCUUUUAUGUGUCAUAUUCUCAAUUAGUUGCAAGUUCGGUGGGAACUGUUUUGUUUAAACACUAGUGCUGUGCUUUCAUCAUGUACAUUGCUAUAUUGUUCUUCUCUUUUCUUUUCUUCUGCUGUAGAACCAUUUUCCAUUCUUGGGAUUUGCGAGAGGGACAAUCCAUCCUUUAUUUCAGAUUCCAACCCUUGUAAUUCUUCUCUUUUGCCGUUUGCACAUGCCAAACAACAGUUGAGGGGCCACCACUUGCACUCCUAUUACAUGGUAGUUCUUUUUAUUUCCCCAAAAAAUGUUGAGGGGACAUGUUUGAACAAACACGUGUUGCUCCUGGGUUGGGUUGGUUCAUCAUUGCUGUGUUUCAGUAGGUUCCCUUUCUGUGGAACUGUUUUCCAUAUGUAUUAGUGUAUUAUCAGUUAUCACCAUGUCCACAAUAGUUUGUUUAUUCCCUUACCAUUUCCAUCUGCUACCCAGUAGGUUCCUUGUUAUCUUCUCAGUCUGUCUCCGGCUCCCAUACCAAGAGCAGCAAAGCUUAUCUUUAUCAUAGGCCUAAACCCAAUAAAACUUUGCCCAUCCUUUGAUGCUGGUUGCACAUGGUGAGAAACACAAAGGGCCCUUUUGCCCCCAAUUGCUUGAUUGCUUCGUUCUUGAGGUGAUUCAUUAGGGUGAAGUAACUCGAGUUCUUGAUGACUGGAUAAUUGGGAGUGAUAGUAAUUUUGAAGACAAUGUUUAGGAUUCAUAAUCCAUUUGCCAGUUUGGCCACUGUUCCUUGGAUUGUGUGGUUAAUGGAGUUGAGUAGCUGUUCCAGAGUGCUGAAUUAAGUGUUUUAUAUGAGCAGGCCAAAAAUAGGAUCAAUCCCUCGAUCGUCUAUGAAACAAGCAAUGAAAUAUGGGUUAUAAGCUUAAGUUGUUUCUUGAUUUCUACAUGAAUGUGAACCCUUGUUUGCAAGCUUAAAGCUUGAUAUUCCCCGUUUGCUAGCUAGCUAGCUGAAUAAGCGACAUCUUCCUUGGGAAAUCCUUUCCCAUAAUGUAUGGCAUGUCCAUUAAACGAUGAACAAGUGGUUCCCAAGUUGCCAACAUUGCUUUUAGCAGUGUAGUAGGUAAACUGCUGUUAUUUUGCAAGGUAAAUUACAAAAAUCAUUUCAUCCUUAUUUCAAUUUAGCUCCUAAUUAUUAUGAUUAAAUAUCAAAUAAUCAUUUUUAUCAGACAGGAAUUUUAGAAUAUUAUAUAAAACUCAUAUUUAUGUUAAAUGUAGUCUCCAUGUUUUGCUUACAUGGUUUUUCAUCUAUUUUUGAGGAAAAAUCUAGGCAGAAAGGUGGAGGAUAUUUUCAUAUUGGAAAGUGAUUAAAUUUUCAUUAAUAGCAGAUAAAAUUUUCUGACCCCGGGUGGAAGGAGUCCCCUGCCCCCCAUCCUGGUUCUUGAAAAUUCGGUAUAUGUAACAAAACAAUCAGAGUGCGAAAGGCAAAAGGCAAGUCUCCGUCUCCGUGGGUGAUGCGGAGGAUGAAGUUGGACCUUACAAAAAGUUUUGACACGUUCUCUUCCCUAAGUCUCUUUCCCCGAUGUCACAAUCUUCAUGUCAAGCGCUCCGUAACCGCGUUGUGAUCAAAGCCAACACAGUGUCAAGGUUCAAAAGUCAAAACUAAGUGCGUGUUUUCUUCUUCCCAACAUUAAAUGUGGACUUUGCAGGGAAAACAAGGUUAUGGACGAUAUGGGGAACCAACCACUUGCAUCCAGUAAGUAGUUAUUGUCUCAUUCCUUUCAAAUAAAAGAGGGAUCAAACGGUGAAUUUAAGGAGCUUAAAAGCCGUGGGUGUUGGGCAGUUGUAGGAAUUGUUUAGUUGUUUGUUUCCUGCAACAAAAUAUAAAAUAUACAUAAAUAACGAAUAAUGUAUCGGUCAACACAAUUACAGAAGAGGAAUAAGAUGUAGUGGCAAAUGAUUGUUGCCCAGUCUCUUUCCAUUUAAGUUGAAAAGCCAAAUAAUUGUAAUGUUAAAAGAAAUAUAUAUCCGUUACUAGGAAAUUGGACGUGGCGUUGGAAUGUAAUGUGUAAUUAAUAAUAAUAAUAAUUAAAAAAAAAAAAAAAGGAAAAAAGCAGCCAAGGAAGAAGAAGAGAGAGAGGUCGUUGAGUGGUAGGGCAGGCGAGAAGGAAAAAAGUUGCAGGAAGAGAAAAUGAAAGUAUUUUGUUUCUAUGUCAAAACCCGUGUUAUUAAUUAGUUGAAUGCGAAGACUCAAGAGGUGAUUUGAUUAAUUCGUUGUUUGGAAGAGUUGCAGGGGUUUGAAAAUGGACUUUUCCUGGGGGUUUUAGGCAAAAAAAAAGGUCCGUGUGUAGAGUCUGUAGACCAAGUCCAUGCACAAGAAAUAUGAAAAAACCAUCAUGCAAUAUUUAAAAUCUGAUUAUGAGUUCAGAGUUCCUUCAAAACCCCCCAUGCAAUGCAAAAACUUACCCACCGGAUUUCCCUAAACUCCACACAUGUACUCUCACCUCUUCACACUGCUCCUCCUCUUCUUCUACUUCCCUCCCGCUAAACCUGACCUUUCUUCCGACAGAGCUGCCCUUCUCGCCUUCCGCGACUCCGUCCGCGGCAGCACCCUCAUCUGGAACGGUACCGACACAUGUUCCUGGGAAGGUAUCCAGUGCGAUGCUGACCGCGUUACCUCCCUACGCCUUCCCGCCGACGACCUCACAGGUAAUAUUCCCCCCAACACACUCGGUAACCUUACCCAACUCCGCGAUCUCAGUCUACGGGGGAACUCCCUCACCGGUAACCUCCCCUCGGAUUUGGGCUCCUGUACGCAACUCCAGCGGCUAUUCUUGCAGGAUAAUCAGUUUUCUGGCCAGAUACCGGCGGGACUCUUCCUGUUGAAUAACCUUGUUCGCUUGGACUUGUCGAGAAAUAAUUUAUCCGGCGAGAUCUCGCAGGGGUUUGGGAAUCUCACAAAGUUGAGAACUUUGUAUUUGGAGAGAAACCAACUCAGCGGGUCUAUUCCAGAUUUGAACCUCGAGUUGCGCGACUUCAAUGUUUCUUACAAUAGAUUGAGUGGCUCUAUUCCAAAAGGUCUUAGAAAUUUUGGCUCAGAUGCAUUUCAAGGGAAUUCACUAUGUGGUAGCCCCCUUGCGUCUUGCCCCGACAGUGGAAAUAAGCUCUCCGGUGGAGCGAUUGCUGGAAUUGUCAUUGCUUCCGUCAUCGGUCUGGUUUUAAUUAUUAUAGUUGUAUUGAUUUUUUUUAGAAAAUAUAGGAGGACGACAAGAUCAGGGCCUGAAUUUGAAAUUCCUAGCAAUCAACCAGUUGAUAUGGGAGAAAACGGUGGUGGGAUAAAUGGGUUUCCAGCAGAAAAGGCAGCAAAUGGAGUUGAGAAAAUUAGGAAUGCUAAUGGGUUGGUGUUUUUGGGGAAUGGUUUAAGUGUAUUUGAUUUGGAGGAGCUGUUGAGAGCCUCAGCUGAGGUGUUGGGGAAGGGGACAUGUGGUACUACUUAUAAGGCUAUGGUGGGGGAAGGGGUUGAAGUGGUUGUGAAGAGAUUGAGAAAUAUAUGUGUUUAUGAGAGGGAGUUUCUGGAGGAGGUUGCAAGGUUAGGAGGGAUGGUUCAUGAAAAUUUGGCAUCUAUCAGAGCAUAUUAUUACGGCAGGGAUGAGAAGCUUCUUAUCUAUGACUGCUUGCCCAUGGGAAACUUGUCCUCACUUUUACAUGGAGACAGAGGUGCAUGGAGAGCUCCACUGAGUUGGGAAGUUAGGGGUAGAAUUGCUUUAGGAGCUGCCCGUGGUAUCAAAUAUCUACAUUCUCAUGGCCCCAAUGUCUCCCAUGGCAACAUCAAGUCAUCCAAUAUCCUGCUCACCAAUUCCUGUGAUGCUCUAGUUACAGAAUUUGGCAUAGUCCAACUGGUUUCCGUGACCUCAGCACCCAAACAUUCAGGCUAUUGUGCACCAGAGACCAGGGGUUCCUAUACGGUUUCCCAAAAAGCCGAUGUCUACAGUUUCGGUGUUGUGCUUUUGGAACUGCUGACAGCCAAAGCUCCCACCUAUGCCCUUUCCAACGAGGAAGAGAUGGAGCUUCCUAGGUGGGUGGAGUCUGUGGUUGAGGAAAGGGGGACGAUUGAUGUGUUUGAUCUUGAGCUUCUUAGGUAUGACAACAUUGAGGAGCAAGUUGUUCAGCUGUUACAUCUUGCUCUGCUUUGUACUUCUAAACACCCUAAAAGACGCCCCUCCAUGGCUGAGGUGACAAGGCAGAUUGAGCUGAUUUUUGGGUCGGGGCUACCGGAGUAUGAGCCACAGCCUAAUCAGAUUGAAGAUGGAUCAUGACCAUUGGUUAUGUUUCUGGUCUUAAGAAGUUUUUGAGAGCCGCAUUUCUCGCUCACAGAGCCUCAACUGUGGGAUUUUUUCAUUUACUUUUAGAGUUUGCCUCCCCUUUUCUCUUUUGCCUUUCUUACGUUUUUUCUCCCGCAUUUGUAUUGAUUGGGGGGUUUGAGGAAGCUGGUGUUUGCUGUAAUUAUAUUAUUAAUUUUUUUGUUUUUAUUUAGUUAUAUGUAAAUUUUAAGUACGGGUUUCGAAAAAAUGCAUUUUAACAUCA